CUGUCCUCUUCCCACCUCAGCUGGGACUGGCCCUUCCAGACUCGCACGCUCCUCUCUGCCAGACACAGCCAGCGGGCAGCAGACACUGCAUCAGGAUGCCCAGCAUCUUUGCCUACCAGAGCUCCGAGGUGGACUGGUGUGAGAGCAACUUCCAGCACUCGGAGCUGGUGGCUGAGUUCUACAACACGUUCAGCAAUGUCAUCUUCCUCGUCUUUGGGCCUCUUAUGAUGUUUCUGAUGCACCCGUAUGCCCAGGUACGCUCCUACUGGGUUUAUAUCAUCUGCAUCCUCUUCAUGGUCAUAGGCCUGUUUUCCAUGUAUUUCCACAUGACGCUCAGCUUCCUGGGCCAGAUCCUGGAUGAGAUCGCUAUCCUGUGGCUGCUGGCCGGCAGCUACGGCAUAUGGUUGCCCCGCUGCUACUUUCCCGCCUUCCUGGGGCAGAGCAGGCCCCAGUUCGCCUGCCUGGUCUGUAUCACCACCAUUGUCAGCACCUUCCUGUCCUUCCUGAAGCCCACGAUCAACGCAUACGCCCUCAACAGCAUUGCCGUGCACGUGUUCUACAUCAUGUUCCAGGAGUACAAGAAGAUGGAUAAUAAAGAGCUGCGGCAUAUAAUCAAGGUCUCCGUGGUCUUAUGGGCAUUUGCCUUCUCUAGCUGGAUCAGCGACCGCUUGCUUUGCAGUUUCUGGCAAUGGAUUAAUUUCUUCUACUUGCACAGCAUCUGGCAUGUGCUUAUCAGCCUCACCUUCCCCUACGGCAUGGUCAUCAUGGCCUUGGUGGAUGCCAGAUACGAGAUGCCAGACCAAACUCUCAAAGUCCGUUACUGGCCUCGGGACACUUGGCCCAUGGGGCUGCCCUACGUGGAGGUCAGUGGUGACCACAAGAGCUGCUGAGGUCCGCCGGCUGCUUCCUACCCGACCACCUGCGAACCCACCUGUGUCUUGAAGGAGAGUGGCCUGAAUCAGGAGACUGAGAGACACUCGAAGUUCCUGUCUCCAGCUCCCUUUCCCCAUCCUCUUUGUCCUGCGCGGUCCCACCCCAAGGCAGGGGAUGGACUUCAUGACCUCUGUGUGCGGUUGCCUGAUGACCCGGGGAGCUGCCUGGCAGAGGCUCCCCCCUCCAUCGCCUGCCCCUGUUCUCUUUCCUUUUCUCCUCUGUGUCCGCCGCUUCCCUGUUGUCACGUGACCUGAUUUGGCUGGACCACUGGGUGCUGUGAUUACGUGGCAUUUGCUGGGAAUGACCUCAGGCUGGGUUUGGUUCCCCAGGGCACCUUAUGAACAGUGGAGGUCACUACCAGACUCUUUGGACCUGUCUUUGGCCAUGUGAUGUCCCUGGUACUUGGGGGACAUCUCAGAGAAUGGACACGUUAUCCAUCACCUCAUUCUACGCUCACAUGUGUGUGCAGAGACCUCGAAGAUCCUCACAUGUGCUCACACGCAGCCCGUGGACUUGUGGGCCUGUCUCACUGGUCGACAGCGGAGCAGUGUGGAGGCCUGGACUGGGUGAUUUGGGUGCUGUCCAAGCAUGGACAUCAGGAGGAGGGCUGGAGUGGCUGGUACAGGCUCUCAAAGUGAGGGAAGAAGGUAAGAAUGGUUUCCACGGAGGUUAAGAGCACGGGGCUUGGAGUUUGAACCCUGCUCCACAACUUCUUACUUGUAUAAUCUGUGGGGAGUGAUUAUUCCUGCCCUUGAAGUUCAAUGACCUUGUCCGUAAGAUGGAAACAUUCCUUCCCUCAUGGGAUUUCAGAGUAUGUAAGAAAAGAUAAUGUAUAUAAAGUGCUUAGUAUGGAGUCUGGCAAACAUUCACCCAUCUACUUGUCCUUUUAUUCAUCCAUCCAUCCAUUCAUCCAUCCAUCCAUCUUUUUAACUCUCUAUUGAACCAUCUGUCUAUUCUUUAGGUUACCCAUCUGUUAAUUUAUUCAUUCAUUCCUUCAUCUUGUUUUCUAUUAUCUAUCUUUUUAACUCUCCCUGUUCAUUCAUUAAUGUAUUAUCCAUUCCUUGAACUAUUCAUUGAACUAUCCAUGUAUCCAUCUGCCCCUCCACUUGUGCAUCCAUCUGUCCAUAUAUUUAUUAUUCAUCCUUUCAUCAUCUAUUAUCCUUCCAUCCAUUUAUCCAACUGUAACUCAUCCACUUUUCCAUCCAUCCAUCUAUCCACCCAUCCAUCCAUCAUCUGUAUUUAGCCAUCAUUUAUAUUCAUUUAUCCUCUGUCUAUCCAGUUAUCCAAUUAUUUAUCCAUCCCUCAUCCAUCCAUCCAUCCAUCCAUAUUUAGCCAUCUAUUUAUUCAUUUAUCCAUUCAAAUCAUUCAACCAUCCUCCCAUUCAUCUGUUUCCCUACCCAUUCAUUCAUUCAGUCACUCAUUUAUCUCUUCAACAAAUAUAUAUUGAGUUCCUACUGUAUGUUUGACACUAACCCUUGAGGAUAUAAGACAAUAAAGACAUGCAAAGUCCCUGCCCUAAUGAGGGGACACACGCUAAAUAAAUAAAAAGACACACAACCAAGGCAAUUCCAGUCACUGAUGGGUGCUGCAAAAAAGGUGAAGCAUGGUGAUAUUCUCAAGACCAUGAGUGAAAGGAGCAGCCCUUUCAAGUGGGUGCCCUGUGGGGAGCCCACUAGCUGAGCCCUCAAUGCCAAGAGGAGACCAGCCCCACCAAGAGCUGGGCAGGACCAUUCCAGGCAGAGGGAAUGGUGGGUGUGAGACUCCCGGGGAGGGAAUGAACUGGAGCAACAGAAAGAAGGCUGUUGUUGGAGCUGAGUAAAGGAGGGAGAGUUCCGGGUAGUUGGUUCUUAACCUGGGGCCUGGGAUGGAUUUCAGUAUCCAUGGACCACUUGACAUUCUCUGCAGAAGAGGAGUGUCUGGGCAUGUUACCUAGGCCUCUGGAUUGCAUCAUUCCAGGAGUAGAAGAAAGCACACCUGGCCUGCUGGAGAGAUGGGGACAUUGAAAGGGGAGGGGCCGCUCAUCUUUACAUGCCCAUGAAAAGCAUCAUUGAACCGAAUACCCCUCCCACACCCCCUCCAGAUAGACGAGAAUAGUCUCAUUUUAUACCUGUGGCUCAGAGAGAGCAAGCCACUUGCCGAAGACCAUGCAGCCUGGACUUGAACCAGAUCUGUCCUUCCCCAAAUUUCCUUGCACCACUGUAAGUCAGCAGAAAGACUGUACUUGGAUUUCAGGUCCCCUGGUUCUGGGUCCUUCUGAAUUUCUUGUUCUAGAAACCAGGUUGUUUUUUUUUUUUUCA